AUGAGUGGUGUCGAACAAGCAACGGACGCUUCCAAAUCGACCAGCUCUCUCCUGGAACGUGCUGGAGAUGACGAGCUCCACGACAUUGUCUGUAUCGGGUUCGGGCCAGCCGCACUUGCAAUUGCGGUUGCUCUCAACGAUGCCAUUGCAGCCAAAGAUCCCAGCUUGAGAACCCUGAGGCCCAAGGUCCGCUUCAUUGAACGCCAGCCGAGCUAUCAAUGGCACCCUGGAAUGCUGCUCGAAGACAGCAAGAUGCAGAUCACCUUCAUGAAAGAUCUCGCGACGCUGAGAAACCCACGAAGCCACUUCACAUUCGUGAAUUAUCUUCAUAACCAGCAACGAUUGGUCCAAUUCACCAAUCUGGGCACAAUGCUCCCCAAGCGACUGGAGUACAAUGACUACAUGCGUUGGUGUGCAAGUGCGUUCGAAGAUGUCGUAGACUAUCAUCGCAGCGCAGGGCGAAUUGACGCUAUAGAGAGCACUUCCUCAAGCGCUGCAGUGCAGGCCUUCCGAGUAGUAUCGACCUGUCACAAGACUGGAAAGACAUCUGAGCUUCGAGCAAAGCAUGUCAUCAUCGCCGUCGGAGGCAAGCCAUAUAUUCCGGAGGCUUUGAGGUUCUCUCACCCACGAAUCAUCCACUCGUCUCAGUACAUGACAGAAGCUGCAAGUCUUUUCCAGAAUGGCCAGCAACCACAACGAAUAGCAGUCGUCGGAGCCGGGCAAAGCGCUGCUGAGAUCUUCUACGAUAUACCAUCGAAGUUUCCCGGUGCGCAAUCAGUCCUGGUGACUCGGCGCUCGGCGCUCAGACCCAGCGAUGACUCUCCCUUCGUGAACGAAGUCUUCGACCCUUCCAGAACGGACGACGUUUUCUCUCAGAGUCCAGAAAUUCGUGCCCAGGCAAUAGCAGCAGAUCGGGCUACAAACUACGGAGUCGUCCGCUUAGACCUUCUCGAGCAUCUGUACUCUGCAUUCUAUACAUACAGAGUGAAGCAUUUGCCCGAAGAGUCCUGGCCACACCGGAUAGCGAAUCAUAGCACGGUGACAGGCGUGCACGCCGCCAAGGCAGGCGAGCGUAGCGUGCUGCGGCUCCAGAUCCAAAAUGAAUCUCAGGCGUACGGCCGCAGCAACAUACCUCAAAAACAAGAGCUGGAUGUCGAUAUGGUGAUUGUGGCGUGCGGGUACGAGCGUAACGUCCACGAAGACCUCAUGCAAGAUCUGCAGGCAAUGAGACCCGAAGCAGACUCAGCGGGUUGGACAGUAAGCAGGAAUUACGCAGUGAAGUUUGCGGACGACGCUCUUGAGUGUGAUCGAGGCAUCUGGCUUCAAGGAUGCAACGAGAAGACGCAUGGCCUGCCCGACUCACUGCUUUCUAUACUCUCGGUGAGGGCGGGAGAAGUGGUAGACAGUAUUCUGGGAGGAGGACCAGACGGCCAGAGGAAGACAAUGGUAGAUAGCGUACUUGGUGCGGCAGGCCAGUAA